UGCGCGGCCACGGCGACAUGUUGGACGGCCGCGGAGUUAUCCAGUGAAGUCCGACCCGCCCGCCGUUUAUUGGAGUUGCAGGUAAAGAACGAGAGGAUAUCCGUGCUCCCCAGUUGUUGCUUCCGAGCCAGGAGCCAUGGGGACAGUGCUCAGUUUCUCGCCGCGGGACCGCAAGCCGCAGAGCUACAGCGAGUACAAUCUCUACAGCUACGAGCAGCUUAACAACGCCAAGAACAACCAGCACAGCAAGGUGCUCCAAGAUAGGACCACGGGGGGACACCUCCUACAUCAUCACCAUCACCACCACAACCACCACCACAACCACAACAACAACAACAACAGUCAGAACAACAACAGCAACAACAAUAACAACAACCAAAACCACCAGAACCACAACCUCAAGAAACACACGCUCUUCAUCAACGCGCUCAGCUGGAAGCACUUCAAUGUCUCCACGAAAAAGAAGGCGGAAAAGACGAAGUCGGCGGCGGCUUCGCGGCCCCCGCUCGAACCCGUGGACCCGAACAAGAACGUGCACAAGUCGCUGUCCUGCUACAACCUGGGUCUCGACCUCGUCGGUCCUGGUAGGGUCGACAGACACUCGACGAAGCCUGCGCCGCCCCCACUCCCGCCCAAGCCCGCUGUGGUCCGGCCGGCGCCGCCCAAACCGCCGGCCGUUACGACCGGCAGUCCGCAGCGCAAGACAGUCAUCCAGGCUUCGACUUCGGAGCUGCUACGAUGCCUGGGCGAGUUCCUUGGCCAACGGUGCAAGCGCCUACGCGACUUCCAACCGGGCGACGCAGUCCUCUGGCUCCGCACCGUGGACAGGUCCUUGCUGCUCCAGGGCUGGCAGGACAUCGCGUUCAUCAACCCCGCCAACGUGGUGUUCCUCUACAUGUUGGUGCGGGAGCUGGUCAGCGAAGACGUGUCCAGCGAGAGAGAGCUGCAGGCCGUCGUGCUGACGUGUCUCUACCUCUCCUACGCGUACAUGGGAAACGAGAUCUCCUAUCCGCUCAAGCCGUUCCUGGUCGACGAGAACAGGGACAAGUUUUGGGACCGGUGCCUGCUCAUCAUCGGCACGCUCAGCGGCAGCAUGCUGCGCAUCAACAGCGAGCCCGGCUUCUUCACUGAGGUCUUCACCGAGCUCAAGGCGUGCGCGCCACCGCCACCCCGAGUCUGCUGAAACUAGGACCAAGACGCCAAGUUUGACUCAGGAGAAGCCAUCGCGAGAAAAAAAAAAAGAGAACCCGUCCUUCUGCGUUAGAGAGACAGCGGUCGAACCAUCAUGGCGGCCGACGGCGACGCGGGGACUCCGCCAUAACUGCCAAAAAAGAUGUUCUGCGGUGCGUCUGCUCGUCGUGGCUCGGCGCUGACGCUGCGUAGGGACGUUGGUGAGGAACAGUUCGUGAUGGGAUCUUCGCCGAAGCCUCCGGCAGGUUGCAGGCGACCACGAUCUCUAUUUAUUUAUUCUCUUAUCUUAGUCGAGGCAGGGGAUUCCCCUUCCCCUACUCCGCUCGUUGUUACCGACUUGUUGUUCUGGGAUGGAGCUGCAAUCUUUUUUCGCGUCCCGGACGGAGCGCGCGGGAAAAACAAACAAACAGGACAAGGUGAGGGCAGCGAAAUCAUCCGUUUCUCUUGCUCUGUGUUUGCCAAACGUGUUUCUGUUCUGCGCCGAGACUCGGUUAUAUAUACAUUUACUAUCUUGUAUACAUGCCACCCUGUUCCGGUCCCGGUUUUGAGAUUUUCGUCAUAAGCCAGUGAAAAGCCACAUGACAGAAAGUCAAUAACGCGCCGAUUUCAAGGACGCUUAUUUUCCGGUUGAGGCCCACAUUGUGAGCAUAACACGUUAGUCUAAAAAUAAAGGCAAAGCCUUUUAUUUUUAUUCACUUUCUUAUUAAUCUUGCUUAAUCUUUUUGAGACUCGAUACGCCAGUGUAAAGAACAGAUUGUGUGCCAAUCUUGUCAUAAUAACGUAACACUAGAAAUAAUUGGAUAGUGCUGAUAAAGAAAGAAAGAUAUGUGCACUUGUAUAUGUCUGCGACAUGCAGCGUAGUCUGUACGUGAUAUGCCACUAUUACAGUAAUAGCAACGGGGGAAAAGAAGAAAGUAAUGGUUGUCCAGGAAUUACACAGUGAGAUUGCAAUUCUUAAAACUAUUCUUGAGCCGCCGCACAAAAAAGAAACAGAAAUAUUUUUUGUUUCAUUGCGUGUAUAGAUCUAUGUAUUUACGUCCAAUCAAGACCUACGUCUCCACGACUGGUAAACCGUCAAAGCGUUUGAACGUGAAAACCACAGCUGAUCUUUGUCCAUAGUAACAAAACAAACCGCUCGUUCUUUUUCUAAAAAAAAAAAAAAAAAAAGUUUUAACAAAAGAUGGAUGCGAGAAGGAGCUAGGAACCGUUGUUAUUUUGCCACGUAAAGUUUUCCACUAAGGCAAAGUUCGUUCAGACUUUUCAGAGUUGUAACCGCGCCGCCAAGCAGAGAGCCGCUAAGCCUAAACGAACGCAGCUAGACACACAAAACGCUAAAACAAAAUGGCCGCGAGGUAGUAGCUCGCACAGUGGCGACCGUAAGAAAUCGAUCGCUCUGUUCUCUCUCCAUCGCCCACGUCCUCAUCCCCAUUUAUGCUUCCCCCUCUCUCAUUAUUCCCGAAACGAAAAUCCUUGCGCAUGCGCGACGGGGCAGCGGUACUCCGCAUUAGUCAUCAUGAGCGGUUCUAUUCCUUCAUUUUUUAUUCUGGUUUGUAUAUCUAUAUGUAUGUGUGUUUAUAUGUGCGGACGCUGACACGCAAAUUGAGGGACGCGUCCGGUGGAAACAUCAUUAGGUAAACACAUUGCGUAAUGUUAAGUGACGUCAUCACGGCGUCUUAAAUUACAAAACACGGCGCUUAUUUUUUUUUUUUGUUUAUUUAUAUUAAAAAAAGAAAACGUUGCAGAUAAAGGGAGUUUCUUAAUGCUGAGCGAGUGCACCGCCAAAUAUCGCAGAAAGAAAAAGAAAAAAAGAAAAAAGAGCGAUUUCGGUUCAUUGCAUCAUGAACAAAAACACGUACGCUGACAAUGAUUAUUCUCAUGUUCAUGGAAUCAGGCACCUUUAUAAUUGCAACAAUGAAUAUCCUAUAUUAAUCAAAUUAUUUUGUAGCUGCACAGCCUAGCUCCUUCGGAACUAAAAAGUACAAAGCAUGUAUUUGAGGCGCGUAUACUAUAGUAUAUGCUGCGAUUCACAUGUACACGCAUUUGCAUAAUACCUUUCAGGUCAUUUCUGAAUAUACGACGUUGCGUUUAUUACCUCAGUUUCAUUUUAUGAACCAUGCAUCGCGAGGGAAAAGCUAAACUAUAACGAAAUACCACACUAAACUUCGUCGUUAGCUCUUGAUGACUAAUGAAUCGUUUCCAUAUCUUCGUAAAUAUAAGUGUAUAUUAACUCUUCAAACAACAACAAACAAAGAUCAUAACAAACUGAAACAUAAAUAUAUCGGCACAGCUGAUCUAGAUUUGUUAAUAUAGGAACAGAAUAAUGAAUACCGCACACGUACUUCAUUCGACAAUGUUCGUAAAGAAGUAUACAAAUACAAAAAGAAAAUGACUUUCAACUUCAAAAUAUACAUAAUCGUGCCUGUUUGGCUGUUACCAGGGGCUUACAUUUGUUAAACGAUGACGACAUCAACCACUGUUUUUUAGAUUUACGUUAGUACGUACACAGACCCGAAGCUCAUUUCACCCCCCAUGCCGCCCAAUGGUUGUUUUUUGGAAAGCGGGCUCUGCCCCUUUUACAAUUGUGUUGUGGUGAAGCCAAACUUCAAUUGUCAGGGUGCGACACUGAUUUUUUGGAGACGUUAUGUAAUAGACACGAAAAAACAAACGCCUCGAAAUAAUUAAAAGUUAGACUUAUCUGAGAAUAACGGAUCACGCCUCGUUAAAAUAUGUCUACUGUUAGCGCGCGGUGAACUUUUCUUGGUAUGAUAGACGAAACUGCUGGACAGAGAUAAAAUGCCACGUUGUUAUUUUAUGUGCGAAACUAGCGCCAGGUUUAGUCCGAGGCUCUGAGUGAUGUUAGAAAACCGUGAGUGCGUCAUAAGAAUUUUUUUCUGGUGUGCUGAGAUUGUCAUUGUCAUCUUCAAACGGAUUUCAUUACCUGUUACGAAGAUUCACCGUAGGGUUUCGUGCGCAGAAGGAAAGAAAAGGCUUUGUGCUGUUUCAUCGAGUGCUUUUGGGAAAAGAAAACAAACGAAGGAGAAGAAGAAGAAAAAAAAAAGAAAGCUCGUACUGCUCAUUUGUACAAACUAUGACUGAAUAAUAAAGAGAGAACUGUUCCGA